CGCAAGGUCUUGAGCCACCCAACCCAACACCACCAUCGCCUCCACCCACAACAACCACCCCACCACCAUCGCGGCCGCCACACAAGUAUCAUCUACUCACAUCGUCAGGAAUAUAUCGCUGCUAUGAAGUGGAUGUUUAAGGAAGACCACUCCUUUGAGCACAGGCGUGCAGAGUCGAACAAGAUUCGGAACAAGUAUCCUGAUAGAGUACCUGUCGUGGUGGAGAAAGUUCCUGGCUCCCAGAUCGGAGAUAUUGACAAGCGCAAGUACCUGGUGCCAGCCGACAUUACGGUCGCGCAGUUCAUGUGGAUCAUUCGCAAGCGCGUGCAGUUGCCUUCUGACAAGGCCAUCUUUCUGUUCAUCGACAAGACAGUGCCACAGUCAAGUGCUUCUAUUGGCCAAUUAUAUGAAGACCAGAAGGAUGAAGACGGCUUCCUGUACGUUGCCUACAGUGGAGAAAACACCUUUGGACGCUGAUCCCGGGCCGGUCUGCGGAGUGCAUUGCAAGUACCACUUCGCCACCAACGCAGGACACAACCACAACCACAACCAAGACGGAAUCACCUUCCAAACACCGCAGCCUGCAGUUAAUGAUCCACGUUGCUUUCUCCCCAAAAUCAACACGCUCGUUAAAAGAUGUGCAGUGUCGCGGCAUGUCAGCCAUGCUUUUACACGUCAGGACAGGGCGUGAUUUUAACAGUGGAAUAUUGAGAUUUAAAACUUGUGUACUAAAUUGGUGUUAGAAUUUUGUGCUAAAUUAUUCUUCAUGGGUAUAUGCGCUUUUUUCCAUUAGCAUUUAAUCUGCCUGUCAUCUGACAAACCACGUUUUUUAUUCAAGUUUUACUUCUAUAAUAUUUCAGUCUUGUCUAUUUUGUUUCUUACACUUUGUGGACCUUAUUUCACACCAGGUUCACAUUCGCGUAUAUAUGUGCGUGCUGCGCAUAUUACAGGUCUUUUUAUUUGUGUUUGUUCGAGUUAGAUGCUGCAAUCUGUAAAAAAAAAGCAUUCAUAGAAUAAAAGAAUGAUAAUGUAUUCCUGCAUGGUGACACAUUUAAAUUAUCCUAAUUUAAACCGUAAUGAAAAUGUAUUGUUGCAAUUUGUCAAUUCCUGUUGCCGAGUUCUUGAUUGUCUGAAUGUACGUCCAAUAUAAGUAAAACAAAGUACAGUGUGGAAAUUCACUUUGCGUCCAUGAAUAAAAUGUAACGUUUUUAAUAUAUAAACUUAAACCAUCACAGUAGGAAGUCAGAUAUUAGCAAACACAUCUGGGUGGUUUUCAUCACAUUGCACAUUGUAGCUGUAUAAAGUAAAUGAAAUAUGUAUUGUGGAAAGUUGUAACACAUCAUUUAAGGAUGCUUUAAAUGCCUUAAUAAACCAGGCAUUGUGAA